AUAUGUUCUAUUUCUUACUAAGACGCAAUAUCUCAAAGUAACCUUUGUGUUGUUUAUUUCGAAUGUUAUGAAAUUCGACGUUUCCAGAAAUUUUACGUCAGAAGUUUAAUUCUAUAUAAGUCGGUAAGACGGAGUACUGCAAAAAGUGAAUCGGUUAGUUGCGUAACAGUUUAUAUAUUCUAGAAGUUCAAUUCAUAUAAAGAAUAAGAUACAAAAAUAAAACAAAAUGCCUAGAAGAGGAAGGUCGUCUCCAACUCCGAGGUCCGCUCCAGCUCCCAGAACAACCCUUCCGGCUAGAGCCCCUGCUCCCGCUCCACCAGCCCAUGUUCAGGCAGCACCUCCAGCACCGGCUCCUUCACAAGGGCCUGGUUUAUUUGGACAAAUGGCAGCCACUGCUGGAGGAGUGGCAGUUGGUUCAGCAAUAGGACACACAGUUGGUCAUGCAAUGACAG